AAGAAUAAAGCGACAGAAAAUGUUAUGAGACACCGGAAGACAAGAGUGGAAGGGUGUGUGCAGCAGGAAUGGAGAUCUUUAGCUUUUUGUUGAUGACUUUCCUUUUUGGAAGUGGUAGCUUCUUAACAAUGGAAAGAGAUGAGGCUGCUGGACAUACAAAUCCCUCAUUAGGCUGCGUUCUGCCUAAAGCCUGUCCAAUGACUGGUUAUGAGACUUGGUUCAAAGUGGGGUCACGCUGUGUCAAAUACUUUGGCAGCCCUCUCAACUUCACUGCAGCUGAGUUCAGCUGCAAAAGCAAAGCCCCUGGUGGACACCUGGUGUCAGUGCACAACACAAAGGCUAAUGGUGACGUGCUCUGCAUUGUGAUCAAGUUUAAUCCGAAUAACUUGCGCAUCUGGAUCGGAGGCUUUGAGUUUUUUCAGUCUGGUAAAUUUGUCUGGACUGACGGUUCCUCCUGGAACUAUCAAAUUUGGACACCUGGUGAGCCCAACCACGUCUUCAGUUACAGGGAGGACUGCGUGGAAAUGAACUGGAAUCAUGUUGGCAAGUGGAAUGACGAUUCUUGUUAUGUGAAGAAAAACUACAUGUGCGCCUUCAACGUGAGGACAGCUUUGUCUUAGACUUGAAGUAGGCUUAGACUGAACUGAUUUAUCUUGGUAUCAUUCAAUGAAACCUUAAACAUAACUUUGUGUUCAAAAUUGUAAAAACACAACAUAUUUUCAAAUUAAUUAAAAAUUGUUUUAUAAUAAAAAUGAAUUAAAUAAAUCAAGUUUCAAAAUUGUA